CCCGCCGCGUGGCGAGGGAUGCGGCCUCGGAGGAGCAGAGGCUGAACCGCCCCAGUCGGCCGCGCGUCGCUCCGGCCUCCGCCGUAGCGCCGGCCCGCGCCUGCUUCGCGGCGGAAAGGAGAACAUCGACUCCACGGCAGGAAGGUGAAUAAACUUAAUUGAGAAUGUCUGAAAACCUUGAUAAGUCCAAUGUAAAUGAAGCAGGAAAAUCAAAAUCCAGUGAUUCUGAGCAAGGUCUUGAAGAUGCUGUGGAAGGUGCUGAUGAAGCCUUACAGAAAGCAAUAAAGUCGGACUCCACCAGCCCCCAAAGAGUGCAGAGACCUCACUCUAGUCCUCCUCGCUUUGUGACGGUAGAAGAACUUCUAGAGACAGCAAGAGGCGUCACCAACAUGGCUCUAGCCCAUGAAAUUGUAGUAAAUGGAGACUUUCAGAUUAAACCAGUUGAAUUACCAGAAAACAGCUUGAAGAAAAGAGUAAAGGAUAUUGUACAUAAAGCGUUUUGGGAUUGCUUGAGUGCACAGCUAAGUGAAGACCCCCCAGCAUAUGACCAUGCUAUCAAACUUGUAGGAGAAAUCAAAGAGACUCUCUUAUCUUUCUUGCUGCCUGGUCACACUAGACUGAGAAACCAGAUAACAGAAGUCUUGGACCUGGAUCUGAUAAAGCAGGAAGCAGAGAAUGGGGCCCUAGAUAUUUCCAAGCUGGCAGAAUUCAUUAUUGGCAUGAUGGGGACACUGUGUGCACCCGCUCGAGAUGAGGAAGUUAAGAAACUAAAGGACAUUAAGGAAAUAGUGCCCCUUUUCAGAGAAAUUUUUUCUGUGUUGGACCUAAUGAAAGUGGACAUGGCCAACUUUGCUAUCAGUAGCAUCAGGCCUCAUCUCAUGCAGCAGUCAGUUGAAUACGAGAGGAAGAAGUUUCAGGAGAUUUUGGAGAGGCAACCAAACUCCCUGGAUUUUGUCACCCAGUGGCUGGAAGAAGCCUCAGAGGACCUUAUGACUCAGAAGUAUAAACACGCCCUGCCAGGGGGGAAAACGGCUGCUGGCUCUGAGGACAUGCCCAGGCUGAGCCCUGUUGCUGUCCAGAAUUAUGCUUACCUGAAGCUUCUGAAGUGGGACCACCUCCAGAAGCCAUUCCCCGAAACAGUUUUGAUGGACCAGUCUCGCUUCCACGAGCUCCAGUUGCAGCUGGAACAACUGACCAUCCUGGGGGCUGUGUUGCUGGUCACCUUCAGCAUGGCAGCCCCAGGAAUUUCCAGCCAGGCUGACUUUGCUGAGAAACUAAAGAUGAUUGUGAAGAUUUUGCUAACAGAUAUGCAUCUGCCCUCCUUCCAUCUGAAGGAUGUCCUCACUACCAUCGGGGAGAAGGUAUGCCUGGAGGUGAGCAGCUGCCUCUCCCUGUGUGGGUCCUCCCCCUUCACCACGGACAAGGAGACCGUGCUCAAGGGCCAGAUCCAGGCUGUGGCCAGUCCUGACGACCCCAUUCGCAGGAUCAUGGAAUCUCGAAUCCUGACCUUCUUAGAAACCUACCUUGCCUCAGGUCAUCAGAAGCCAUUACCCACAGUCCCUGGGGGACUCAGUCCAGUUCAGAGAGAGCUGGAGGAAGUUGCUAUUAAAUUCGCUCGCCUGGUCAACUAUAACAAGAUGGUCUUCUGUCCCUACUAUGAUGCAAUCCUCAGUAAGAUCCUUGUCCGAUCCUAAUGUGUAUGCACCUACAGCAGCAGUAUUACUCACUCGCCGCAGAAUACCUGUUCUCAACUCUAAUGUUGCAUUGGAAAAUGGCUAUAUAGUACAUGUCUAUUUAACAGCACUGAUUCCAAAGGGAAGAAUAUUAUGUAUCACUGUUGGAAAGAUUCGUUGAAAAAUGCACUGAAUUCUAUUUUGAGAGAUUGUAUUUAUGAGUGCAAGUUUACAAAUCAAAGAAGAUUUUUGUUCUUGAGUUUUACAGGUAACAUUCAGCUGUGUCUCCACUCCUUUCCCAUCAUGUCAUUCCAAGGAGGCUGGGACCUCUCUCUUCUGCAAUCUGGGUAGUUCUUAUUUCAGAUACCCUGUGCUGACAGCCAUCCAAGCGUAAAAGAGACCAAGCCGUGACUUCACCUCUUGCCCUCCCUCAAACAGCCUUGCCCCUGACUCCUCCCUCCUGGUAUUUUUUGUUAGAAGGGCUGCAUAACGUCUUAGUGCCAUUUUCUCCCCCUAUUUAUUGCAUAAGGCUCCCAAGCCCUUUGUUUUAGAGGAGAAUUAUUUGUCUCCUUUUUUUUUAACUUUCUUUUUUAUAUUUGAAUUUUUUUUCUUUUAACCUUCCCCGAAAGACACAGAGUUAUUGGACUUUAAAAAGCUUGUUCUUUUAUACAGAAUUACUUCUGUGUCUGGAUGACAGCAGUUAUGACUUAUGACAUCUAGUGAAAGGAAAUUCUUUGACUUUCAACCCUUGAAAGUCAAGGAGGAAAUUGUUUGAUAAAUAGUUUACUGUAAUGUGAAGGAAAUGUCUGAAAUUCUUACUAAAAAUUUUACUCUGAGACAAUACACAGAUGUGUUGAUUAUAUUAAAUUCUGGAAUUAGAUUUAAGUGUUUUUAGAUAAAAUAGCUUGAGUUUACGAAUCUCCUAGGUAAGCAAGUCAUAGAAAAUCUCUGGUGUUUGAGCAUUAUUUUUCAAGGAACUUCAGUGACUGGAAUUCCUGACAUGUCCUCUGACUGUGAGUGAUUUGGGUCUCACAGAUGAUCUGUUCUGUUUGUUUGUUUGUUUUAAAGUGUACACGUGCAUGUGUGUAUUUUAGACAGGGACAUUAUAUUAGAAGCAGAGCCAUGAAGUUGGAAUGAUCUCCAAUUGCCAGAACAGCAAGUGGUCAGACUAUAUUACUGUACGAGUAAUGCAGUAAUAGCAGCACAUGAAGGCUUCUGCACAGGAAGCUAAGAGAAACUUAGAAGCUGGCCGGGUGUAGUGACGCAUGCCUGUAAUCCCAGCACUUUGGGAGGCCCAGGUGGGUAGAUUACUGGAGGUCAGGAGUUUGAGACCAGCCUGGCCAACAUGGUGAAACCCUGUCUCUACUAAAAAUACAAAACUUAGCUGGGUGUGAUGUUGCAUGCCUGUAGUCCCAGCUACUUGAGAAGCUGAGACCGGAGAAUCUCUUGAACCCAGAGGCAGAGGCUGCAAUGAGCUGAGAUCAUGCCACUGCCCUCUAGCCUGGGUGACAGAGUGAGACUGUCUCAAAAAAAAAAACAAAAAAAACUUGGAAGCCAUUUCAGAAAGACCCCAGGAAGACCAGCAGCCAUCCCUGCACACCUAGGGGUAAGGGCUACAUUUCACUACUAGCAGCUGUUUUCUCUGAUCCCUCUUUGUAAGGAAAUGCAGUGAUUGUAGGUUUUCAAGAAAGACUUGAAGAAGCAGUUGGGUGGGUAUCCCAAUAGGACUGAUUGAGGGGAAAGCAGAUGUUCUAUGAAAAGGAUAUUGGUCCCGGUAGAGUCCAAAUACAUUUUGCUUUUAGGAUUUUCAAGAUUGCUGAUGGUCCCAUGGUUUAUACAAGGACUUGAUCUGGCGCUAGGAGCUCAGAUAGAAAUUACAUGUGUACAGAUCAGCAUUGAUGUUGGUUCUAAUAUAUGAUGAUGUGAUAAAUUUUAAAACAACAACAACAAAAAAAAACCAGGGCUGGGCACGGUGGCUCACACCUAUAAUCCCAGCACUUGGGAUGCCAAGGUGGGAGGGUUACCUGAGCCCAGGAGUUCAAGUCUAGCCUGGGUAACAUAAUGAGAUCACAUCUUUACAAAAAGUACAAAAAAAUUAGCCUGGUUUGGUGGCACACGGUUGUACUCACAGUUGUACUCCCAGCUACAAGCUGAGGCUGAAGCAAAAGGAUUGCCUGUGCCCAGGAGUUUGAGGUUGCAGUGAACUAUGGUCAUGCCACUGUGCUCCAGCCUGGUCAACAGAGCCAUAGCCUUUCUCUCCUCACCAAAAAAAGUAGAGCCAGAUAUAUCUUUAGAUCCCAGGGAGGAGACUGGAGAAUCUGGGGUCACUGUAAUCUGGCAGACUGGCCACAUUUUGUAAGAGGACUUUUAUUUAUAUUUAUUUUUUGUUUGUUUGUUUGAAUGUGUUAUUUUGGGGGCGGGGGAGGGAUGGAGUUUUGAUCUUGUUGCCCAGGCUGGAGUCCAGUGGCACAAUCUUGGCUCACUGCAACCUCUGCCUCUUGGGUUCAAGCGAUUCUCUUGCCUCAGCCUCCCAAGUAGCUUGGAUUACAAGCAUGCACCACCAUGCCUAGCUAAUUUUGUAUUUUUAAUAGAGACGGGGUUUCUUCAUGUUGGUCAGGCUGGUCUCAAAUUCCCAACCACAGUGAUCUGCCUGCCUCGGCCUCCCAAAGUGCUGGGCUAUAGGCAUGAGCCACUGUGCCCAGCCUGAAUGUGUAAUUUUUUUACAAAGAAACCAUAUCACUUCAUUUGUUACAGCGAAUAAUUCAAGAGGGCCCCAGAAACUUCUUUCAUCCACAGAAUUACAGAAAGGAUAAGCACCCUUACCACCCAAGCCUUUGGUUCAUUUGUUUUAUUUUGUUUUGAUCUCUGUUCUCUUACCACACUGACAUGCUGCAUCCAGAAUGGAACUCUUGUCUUCAAGUUUUAUACUAGUUAGGAGGCUAGUCGGUCAGGACAUCCCUAAUUUAGCUGAGGAACCUGGGAAAGUCUUCCUUGAUUUUUGCUUCAUCCCAAGUCCCAUAAAUGUUUUCUUUAAAAAUCUGCAGGCAAAUGAUGUAGAAUGGACAGAGACAUGAGAUAGAAAUCAGCAGAAGGACAAAGAGUACGGCUCCCAUGGCACUAAUAGACAGUAGCCUCCCAAGGCUAAACACAGAAAGCAGUGUGACUACCACAUGGCUCCAGGGAGUACAUGCCUUUAGUUUCUUCUGUAAUGUGGGCCAGAGGACAACCUGGAGGCAAGUGUUACCAUGAUGAAGGCAUGCAGGGACCAGGGAAGGCGUGAUGCUAGCAGCCAGAAGCAAAGGUGGCCAUGUUCAAGGAUAGCGUGCUGGACACAAUGGCAGUAUUGGCACCAUAGUCAAAAAAGAUGAGUUGGCCCAACAGCAUGAAGACGGAUGUGGCAUAGAUGGUGUCAGUGCUGACAGACUCUGCCAGGUUCUUUAGCACUGGUGAAAAGCCAUAAGUGAAAGUAAUGAGACGAGGGCACUCUCCAGGUCAGCCCACCAGGUCCACCCACUUUUCUUCUGCCCUUCACCUCCAUCAUUGAAAUCAAACAAAACCCAAUCAGUGAAGAAGCUAGGCCAGUCCCAAAAAGCCAGUGGGUGGCCAGAAGACCCUCAUCCAUGGAACACCAGAUAACCAGAAAAUCACAAACGCUGCACAGCUGCUGGAUCACCACACUGGCCACUAUUGGUAUUUCCAAGCUUGGAUGUUUUUCUGGAGCUUUACCAGGAACCAGGUCCACUAAGUUAUCAGGAAAGGGCUGUUUCUCGUAUAAGACCUUCUGCCACUUUACCUCCUUGGCAUCAAUUACAGGUUGGGGACACAUUAUCCUUUCAUUCAGACUCAGGCCAGUUUAAUCAUUGCUUUCACAGAAGUCCAUGUGGUUCUUGUUCUUGAUGAUGUUUUGAAAUGAGACCUCCCUGGAAGUUCCAUGCUGUGGUUGAUGUUCUACCAACCUUUCCUUGUUUUCAAAGGCAGCAAUCCAGGCUAGACCUAAAAUAGAUGAGUUUGUCUCUGAGGCAGGACAACACAGCCAAGUUCCUGCCCAAGAGUUCCUGGGGAUGCGUGGCUGGGGAAUGGCGGCCACCUGCCUUUUUCCUUGCGAGGGUACUUUUAAAGACGAAAAUCACAUCUUCUAUGGUAUGUUCAAUGAGGUCACUUCUGGAAUUGUUCUCUUGAGGUGGAGGCUUCUCUAUGGCCACUGUGCCUGGUGAUUGUGUGAUUCUGGGUUACUGGGCUGAGAAGCCUCAGCCUCAGAGUGUUUGGAGCCUUUUCUUCACCCUCCAAGGCUGAAGGAGAGGAGCUUACCCCCAGCUACACAGCAGCGAUCACCACUUCCUACAGCCAUUCUUCCUAAAUCUCAAAAACUCUUCUUUUAUAAGAGUACAUUCUUGCAAGAUAUUUUUCCCCUCCUGAGUUCUUACAUUGCCAGAAUUCCAUUUGGACAGUUUGAAAUCUUGAUGCAUGAAUAACUGGCUUCACAGAGUCUCUUGGCCCCCCACUACCUCAGUGUCCACUGGUGGAGUUCUGCAACUGGCAAAAGCCAAGAAUGAAGGAAGCAAACUUCAGAACCACAGUAUUCAUAUUGAAUCAUUUUGUUGUUGCUCUAUGAAGAUAAAUAAGCUAAUUUUCUUCCUGGAAUCUCAUAGGAUUAUUACUAAGCACCAGGGAGAUCCACUUUGUUCAUAUAGUCACUCAGGAAGCAUUACUAAGCAUCCAGCUGUACCUUCCCCUACAACUCUCCCUCCAAAACAAAACAUCCUUUGGAGUGUGGUGUUCUUCAGAAUAGAACAGAUUCUAUAUGCUGCAUUCAGUAACGGGUUGUGGAGACAAGUGUCCUUUCCUGAAAUUGCCAGGUGUAUUUGGCAGUAGUACUUUACUACUUGUGGAUAGAACUGAGAGUGAGGUCAGUAUCACCAAGCCUCUUGGAUUUCUUCAAUAGUCUCAUGAAUGAGUGAAUGUUUAGAGCAGUAACUGCUACAUUGUUGGCUCUUGGUUGGGUGGAUGGAUUCUCAGUCCUGGUGUUUUAAAAAAUCUCAUUCUGGCUGGGCGCGGUGGCUCAUGCCUGUAGUCCCAGCACUUUGGGAGGCCAAGGUGGGUGGAUCACAAGGUCAGGAGUUCGAUACCAGCCUGGCUAAGAUGGUGAAAUCUGGUCUCUACUAAAAAUAUGAAAAUUAGCUGGGCAUGGUGGCGGGCGCCUGUAAUCCCAGCUACUUGGGAGGCUGAGGCAGGAGAAUCACUUGAACCUGGAAGGUGGAGUUUGCAGUGAGCUGGGAUCACACCGUUGCACUCCAGCCAGAGCAAGACUCCGUCUCAAAAAAAAAAUUCCCUCUGAAGAAAGCUAUAAAAUGUGAUUAUUUAUGUGACGAUAUGACUCUACCAUAAAUGUACUUCAGGUAAGAAGCACACUGACAUGGUAUCUUACUGAUCAAAUGCAGUUGGUAGGUAUAUAUGAACUUUUUCCUCUGUGAAGAAAAGCUAUUAUAAGUUUGACUUAAUAGGUCUAUAGUAUGCACUACUGGCCAAGAUUCUAAAUGGAUUAUUUGGCAAUUCUGUUUCUGUGGUGGUGCUUAUUUUCAUUUCUCCAAAGCCUUAAGAUUCCUGGGAAUAGAGGAAGUGUUGCUGCCACCAACUUUGCUAGUUAGUUUCAAAGAUAAUAGGUGUUUGCUGUUUGAUUUUGGUGACCUUUUGGUGAGCUCUGAUUUAUAUGUGGAACAUUUGUUUCUUUUCAUUGUGAGGCCAGGUGGUAGAGUGGACAGACUGGGAGCUGUCAGGAAACCAGGGCUCAGAUCACUCUGUAAUGUACUAGCUGGGGCAAAUCAGGGCCCAUUCCCAACUCAUUUAAAAUGAAAGGACUAGACAUGGUCUUUAAGCUCCCUUCUGAUACUAACAUUUGGCAGUAGCAGGAUUGUGCACAAAGCUCCCAAUUUAGAGAAAGAUCUGGGUUUGAGUCUUUUUUCCUCUAUCGCCGCCUUACCAGCUGUACAACAUUGGGCCAGUCAUUCUCCUAACACCUCAGUAUUUUCAUUGUUAAAUGGGAACACUCCUAAUUCACACAGUUGCUGUGAGGAUUACAUUUGGUUAGAGUGUUUGAAUGCUUUGUACAUAGAAAAGGACGAUCCCUUUUAUUUUUAGCUGCAAAGGUGAACAUGUAACCCUCUAUCCGUAGGCGCACAUCUGCUGUGGUGUUCGGUUCCACUGUUAGCGCCCAACUUCCCUUCAGUCAAGCACAUUCUACAGGCCUGUAGGGAAGGUUUUCUUCCUGUCCUCUCCUAAGACUUGUUUACGUUCGUCAUCUCUUCUGUACUAGAGCUGCAGUCUUACCUUUGCUCACUUCCUAAUAUCCACCUCCACCCCAGUGAUUUCUCCCCAUCUCCACCUCUGUAUUAUUUGAACUAAAUGAAUCCAUGAUUGAACAACUGAAUGGAUGAGUGAAUGGUAAUGGAUAGUGGGCUAUGAAGUCAUAUUUAAAAGUACUAUCUCAUUUAAAAACAAUCUAAAUAAAUAACUACGAUGAUA